CAUCUUCUUCCGCACUGACUCCACCUACGGAAAGCAGAACCAUGCGCGCUGCAAUCCUUUGUGUCUUGGUGGCCGUGGCGUCGGCCCAGAUCCAGAGCUCUUCUCUGGGGACAGCCAAGAAGGGUUGCGAUUUCGGAGUGCCCCUCACAUCAGGAGACAUCGGCUGGGUUAAGGUCGACUGCGACAAAACGAACCACGAAGCUAAGACUGUGGGUCUUGGCAGUGGAGCAGAAUUUCUCGGUUCUUCAAAACUUAGCGGAUUCGUCGGAAGCGAGACCUACGCUAUUCACGGAAAGAUUGAUGGCAAGUGCUGCUCUCAGAGGGUGUCGAAGAUCACCGGGACUCUAAAUAAGAACAGUUUUGCGCCCUCGGAUCUCUGCUGUCACGAAACUUGCCCAACUUGGAUGCAGAAGUGUUAAAUGUUGAGCAUGCCGGAUCUCGCGGAAGCCUCACUCUCCUGGUAAAUGUACUAUGUCGACGCUGCCCAGGACCAAUAAAGACGCUGAAUCUCCGAUUCAUUUGAGGAAA